AUGCUCUCUUACUAUGAACACAAUACCGCGUUCCAAACAAACAAUUGCAACUCCGGUAGCAAUGCCGCCGCCACAUAUAACAGUAACGCCAAUAAUGAUACGAUCUUGAAUAAAAGAAAAAACGAUCAUUUUGAAUUUGACACACAUGCUUUCUACCAAAGGCCCAAGAGAACAAAGCGAGAUUCUGCAAGCGCAAGCACAAAAUUUCUGGCCAGUUCCGGGUCUGCUAAUAACAAUAAUAAUAAUAAUAAUAAUAAUAACAACAAUAAUAAUAAUGGUAAUAAUAAUAAUAAUAAUACUGUUACUGCUACUACAACCUAUAAUAAUAUUCAAUAUCAGAAAAAUAUCGAAAUAUGUCCCCUGAAUUCGGUCAGUAUGCACCAUGGCAUGAACAGCCGCUUACUGAAAGAAUCUGAAUUUUACUCGGAAACAGAGGAGUACAUGGUUCACGGCUAUUUCGGUAACAAUAACCACGAUAUAGCAGGCACGAGCCCUAACGGAAGUACUAGUAGUAUACAACACCAGUAUCAUAUUCUGCCACCCCAAAGUAUAAUUGCAUCACAACCACCCGGUACCGCCAUGGCCGCGUUGAUUAACAAUAACAUCGCUAACGAUUACAUGGAUAUAGACUAA